AUGGAUGGAGAUCUUUAUAGAAGAUCGGCUGAUGAUGGUUUGUUAUUUCAGUGCAUUAGUAAGUUUGAGGGUUUGAAGAUUAUAGCUGAGGUACAUGAAGGAAUAUGUGGAGCUCACCAAGCUGGCAUAAAGAUGAGAUGGUUGAUACGACGAUAUGGAUAUUAUUGGCCUGGAAUGAGAAAAGAUUGCAUGACUUAUGCAAAAGGCUGUAUAGAUUGUCAAAAACAUAGCCCGAUGCAGUGGGUUCCGGCAAUAGAAAUGCAAUUACUAGUUAAACCAUGGCCUUUCAGAGGUUGGGCUAUGGAUCUGAUCGGCAAGAUUAAUCGCCUUAAUCAAAAGGAGCGACAUAUCUUUCACCGAUUUGGACUACCGGAAACAAUUGUUGCCGAUAAUGGAUUUGUUUUUCGAGCAAAUGAAGUAUUACAACUCGGCAUUGAUAUGCAAGUGAAAAUGGUUACCUCAACACCCUAUUAUGCUCAAGGGAAUGGCCAAGCAGAAGCGUCAAAUAAUGUUGUGAUUGAAAUUAUUGAAAAAAUGAUAAAAGACAAGCCGAAACGAUGGCAUGAGGCCCUUUCAGAAGCCUUACGGGCCUAUAGAAACUCAAAAAGGACAAUGUUGCCGAUGGAGUUAAAUGUAAAAUCGGCAAGGGUUGCCUUGCAACAUAAUCUCAUUCCUGCCGAUUAUAAUGAAGUUAUGCUUGCCGAGUUAGAAGAGUUAGAUGAAGUCCAGAAACUUGCUUUGGAUCACCUUAUGGUGUAUAAAGCAAAAGUCAUGAGGGCUUACAAUAAAAGGGUGAAAUUCAAGUCAUUUGCAGAGGACGAUAUGGUUUGGCAAACAGUUCUUCCACCUGGAAAGGUGGAUAGGGUCUAUGGCAAGUGGUCACCUACUUGGAAGGGUCCAUAUUUGGUUCAUCAAGUAUUGCAUGGAGGCGGUUACAGGUUAAAAGAUUUAGAUGGUGAAGUCCAUGAGAGACCAAUAAAUGGGAGGUAUCUCAAAAAUUAUAAGCCAACUAUUUUUGAACUCAUGGAGGAAAAGAAAACCUCCACUAAGUAA